AUGGGAUGGUGGUCGCCAUGGUCUUCUGGGUCCACGUCAGAUCCAGAGGGUCACUCCGUUGACUCUCGUCCAGCCUCGAAUGAUUCGACGAGGGCCGCCCCGACGCCGUCGCGCUCAUCAGACUCCUCAACAUCAUCGAAAUCCACGGAUUGGAAUUCAAUUUUGAACGCCUUUGAUUGGAGUCAAUGGAAAGAACCGGGGAAUCUUGUGCCAACUAUUCUUCUCACAGGUGGGAUUUUGCUUGUCUACGACGUUCACCGUCGCUUUCUUCGACGUAUUCCUGAAGCUACGGAUAUCUCCUCCUCGUACUUGCGUCGCCGGUCACUCCUAGGCUACGUUACUAGUGUAGGCGACGGAGAUAAUUUUAGGAUGUAUCAUACUCCUGGAGGACGUUUGGUCGGGUGGAGUUGGCUGCCAUGGAUGAAAGUACCCACAUUAAGAAAAGAGCUGAAGGACCGUACUAUCCAUAUUCGCCUCGCAGGAGUCGACGCUCCAGAGCUUCCCCAUUUUGGUCGGCCGGCUCAGCCAUUCUCAGAGGAAGCGCACUCCUGGCUAACAUCCUACCUGCUCAACCGACGAGUGCGCGCCCAUGUCCUUCGGCAUGAUCAAUAUCGGCGCGUAAUCGCAACAGUAUACGUGCGAAACUGGCUUGACUUCCCCCCUCUUCGACGACGAGACGUAUCACAAGAGAUGUUGAAGCGUGGCCUUGCAACCGUUUAUGAGGCGAAAACUGGAGUAGAAUUCGGUAGCAAAGAGCAUGAACACCAAUAUCGAGAAGCCGAAAAGCUAGCCAAAGCCCGAAAGCAAGGAAUAUGGGUCAAUUUUGGGCGCAAAGGGGGAAACACUUUCGAAAGCCCACGAGAGUAUAAGACUCGUAUGGGACUCGAGCAUCCUUUCGAGGCACCGGCAAAACCAGAGCCUGACGAGAGUCGAGGAAUACUGGCUUCAAUUAGAAGUACAUUAUUUCCUUUCCGCAAAAAAGGCAGCAAAUAG